CUCAUGGUCAAGCUGACGGAGGGGCAGUACGUGCUGUGCCGCUGGACCGAUGGGCUCUAUUACCUCGGCAAGAUCAAAAGGGUGAGCGGCUCCAAGCAGAGCUGCCUUGUCACGUUUGAGGACAACUCCAAGUACUGGGUCCUCUGGAAGGACAUCCAGCAUGCCGGCGUCCCCGGAGAGGAGCCCAAGUGCAAUGUCUGCCUGGGAAAGACAUCAGGCCCCAUGAAUGAAAUCCUCAUCUGCGGGAAGUGCGGGCUGGGUUAUCACCAGCAGUGCCAUGUCCCGGUGGCGAGCGGAGGUGAGGGCCCGCUGGGGACACCGUGGUUCUGCCGCCGCUGCAUAUUCGCCCUGGCCGUGCGGAAGGGGGGUGCCCUGAAGAAGGGAGCCAUCGCCAAGACGCUGCAAGCCGUCAAGAUGGUGCUGUCCUACAACCCCGACCUGCUGGAGUGGGACUCCCCACACCGGACCAACCAGCAACAGUGCUACUGCUACUGCGGGGGCCCCGGCGAGUGGUACCUGAAGAUGCUGCAGUGCUACCGCUGUCGGCAGUGGUUCCACGAAGCCUGCACCCAGUGCCUCAGCGACCCCAUGAUGUUCGGAGACCGGUUCUAUGUGUUUUUCUGCUCCGUAUGCAACCAGGGACCGGAGUACAUCAAGCGCCUGCCCUUGAGAUGGGUGGAUGUUGUCCAUCUCGCCCUCUACAACCUGGGCGUACAGAGCAAGAAGAAGUACUUUGACUUCGAGGAGAUCUUGGCCUUUGUGAACCACCACUGGGAUCCGCUGCAGCUUGGGAAGCUGACGGGCACCCCCAUCUCCGAGCGGGGCCCCCACCUCCUCAAUGCACUCAACAGCUAUAAAAGCAGGUUUCUGUGUGGGAAAGAAAUCAAGAAGAAGAAAUGCAUCUUUCGCCUGCGGAUCCGCGUCCCGCCGAACCCCCCCAGCAAGGUGCUGCUGGAGAAAGCCCCCGGUGUGGGAGAGACACUGGAUGAAAUUCAGAGCCUGAAAAGUGCCAGCUCGGGACAGACUUUCCUG